AUGGUGAGUUCAAAUCUAUUUAAUGGAUAUCUACUUCACGAUAUUCAUUUUUGUUAUGUCUGGGGAUUAUUUUAUGAUAUAUUCGAAUGUUCAAUUUAUUAUAGUUAUUGUUUACAAGCAUUCUUUCGUCUAUGUCGUGUUGUUUUUUAUAAGAAAAGAUUUUUAGUUUCAUACUCAUUAUACAAUAUUUUAAUUAUUGUUCAAUGGAUUCUGGUAUUUUCUCUACUUAUUCCAACAUUAUUUUUACAAUGGUACAUUCGUUUACCAACAGAAACUUAUUGUCUUAUUCCAUAUACCGAUACUUAUGCAUCAACAUAUCUCAUUAUGGUUCUUUAUUUAAUUCCAUUAAUUUUCAUUACUAUCAUUUACAUCUGGAUAACACUAUAUGUUCGUCAAUCAUCACAUCCAACAUCGACAGACCUUACUAUUAAUCGACGACAACGAAAUUUAAGGGAUUUAACCGUUAUUAAACGUAUUAUUAUAUUAAUAUCAAUUUUAAUGAUAUUACGUUUUCCAACUAUUAUUUUUAUUAUCUAUGGAGUUAUUGCUGGACAUUUAUUUGCUUAUACUUAUGCUAUUGUUGGAUUAAUAACAUUAUUGUGUCUGAUAUUUAUUGCUUUGAUAACAAUUCAUAUAACACCUGAAUUACGAAAUAACAUAUUAAAUCUAAUGAUAUCUCGAGACAAUCGAGUGGAUUCACAGGUAGUAACAUUGCAUCAAUUGAGCAAUCAGAUGGCAAUACAUCGUAAUACUCCUACUGUACAAAAAAGUGAUUCAAGAAAUCUGCCACAUGCUCCCUGA